GCCGGUGAAAAGACCGCCACCGUCGUUAUCCCUCCGGAGGUGAUGAAGGCUGGCGAGGAUUGUUUGAAGAUGUUCGACGCAUUCAAGAAGGAGUUGCGCGUUGCUCGCUCUUUCAAUGUAGCCAUCCUAAACCAUAUGAAUGCCAAGGAUGAAUUAAGAAUGGCAAUUGAACGAAUGCGCAUAGCAGAUAAAGAUACGGUUAAGAACGAAAAAGACAUGUGCUCCCUGGUUUUUGCCGAAAAUCUCGACUCGACGUUGGAAAUGUUUUCUCUUCAGCACCAGGCAUGUGAGGCGUUGUUGCGGCAGAAGCAGGGUCGUCUGAAGUACAUCACCAGCUUACGGAACAUUGACAUUGAUGCGAAAGCCGGCAACCCGGACGACUGUCCGAUUUGUCAACGUCGGUUGGGCAAGAAAUGGGUGAUCCUGCCGUGUGGACAUUCGUUUUGUUGCGAUUGUGUCACCAGCUUGAUGCUGUCUAUGCAAGUGUGUGGUGAACACGGCCUGUGGUUCAGGUGUCCGGUGUGUCGCAGCAACACUAGCCGUAAGUACAUGACGUACGUGUGCAGCAGCCGCGGUAGUGAGUUGCUGGACUCGGUGACGUCCACGUCCUCCGAUGUGACCAGCCCGUUUCAUAUCGACCCGAACUUGUCACGAAACCUGCGCUUGUUCGGUGACUUUAGCUCGAAAAUCAUGGCUGUCGUCAGACUGUUGGCUUACAUCAAAGCCGUUGACAGUACCACCAAGUGUUUAGUGUUCAGUACGUGGAAGGACAUCUUGCAGAUCGCCUCGUUUGCUUUGGUCGAGAACAACAUUCCAUUUUUUAUGGUCGAAAACCGAACGCAUCUCAGAACUGUUCUGCCAAAGUUCAAGGCAGAUUGCCAUUUUUCUGUCCUUCUAAUGCCGACCAGCAUCGGAGCGAACGGAUUGAAUAUUACGGAGGCUAAACACGUGAUCUUCAUUGAGCCGGUUUUCGAUCCGCAUGUGCAGCAGCAGGCGGCCGGCCGAGUUCACCGCAUUGGACAGACCGAUCGGACGUACGUGCACCACCUCAUCUUGCGCGGUAGCAUCGAAGAAAAGAUAAGUUCGUCGUUGAACCGGUGCGAGUUGCAAGAUUCUGAUCAAGAUCAUGACAUGCCGUUCACAAUGCAGGACCUAGCUAAUUUGUUCCUAUUGUAA